GUACUACUAAUUUAUAAUUGUCUCUCCCUGCCAGCCUCAGUAAAUCAGAGGCCAACUCAGAGAGGUAUGUGAGACAUGGUAAAGACAGGACACACAGACUAUUUAUAUGAGUUAAAACAGCUGCACCCCAGUAUAAUCCACAUUUUUAUAACAUACAUGUGUGGGUAAAGUCCAUAUCCCCACAACAUGGAGAAAAUAUUUCAUAUUUAUUGAAGAGUAGGCCUUUUAUUACCUCAGUAGUAUUGAUUGAUGUCUUUAAAAUGUGGAAAACACUUUUGGCCAUCACAACCAGCUUUAGACCACAAGGGGGAACCAGCUGAGAAGAAGUACUUCCCCCAGUUCCCCAGUUUAGAUCAGAACUAGUGAAGUAUGAUAACAUUUCUAAUAUGCUCUUUAAUGUUAGAAUAUGCACUUAUGAUUUUUGUUUUUCCCCCUAUGGAGAACCUGGGAACCUAAGCAGUGUGCAGUCAUGUGGCCUGUAGUGUGGACAGCGUUACGGACCUAUGCCCCUUACGUCACCUUCCCUGUGGCCUUUGUUGUGGGAGCAGUGGGCUACCACCUGGAGUGGUUUGUCAGGGGGACACCUAAACCUCGAGAGGAGAAGGGCAUCCUGGAACUGAGGGAGGAGAGGAAGCUGCAGGAGCAAGUGGGUAUGGACAGCACGCAGGUGCUUAGUCUGAAAGACAAACUGGAGUUCGCACCCAAAGCUGCUCUGAACAGGAACCGACCCGAAAAGAGCUAACCUGUGUUGGUGUGAGAGACUGGUGUUUGCCCUUCCUCACCAGGAGGGCAGUGGAUUGGGAGCAAAGGAGGUGAACCAGAGGAGAAAAACACCUCGCUCCAGGUCACCCAGAAGCAUCAGCUUGCCUGUGUAAAUAUCAGCUACAUUUAAGAAGCUAGAGGACAGUCAUGAAAACAUUGUCUUUUCUUGAGUCUGUAUGUGAUUCUCUGACCCUACCCUUGAUGUUGCACAUGCCUGUUCGUGCUUUGAUGAAGAACUAAAGCAAACCUUUUAAACUGAUGACAGGAUUUGAUGGGGGGGUGGUCAUUUUCUGUUUAACCUUUGUUGAGAGUACUAUGACACAAAUGUUAUUGUGUCCUUGCUGUUAAAUCAGACACAUGCCAUUUUUUUUUGUCAUUUCUUGCAUCAAAAUGAUUUUGUAAGGUUGCAAGCCUGUCAAAGAGUAUUUCUCCUUUUUAAUCUGUGUGUGAAAGGACUUCUGAUUGUGAUAAAAGCGGAGGAAGAAAGACAGGUCUUUGUUAUACUUAUUUUUGUCCCAUCUUUGAUGGUUUGUGACAAAAUAAUCCAACAGUGUGGGAGGUCUCAGGAAGUUUAAGCUGCUUAGUCCUAUUGUCUGAAACAUCAACACAAUACUUUCAUUUUCGAAAGACUGGAUUGUUUGCCACAGUUUUCAUUGUGUAUUACCGAAAAAUGUGAUGAAUAAAGACAUUUUUGUGUAUGCGA